CACUUGCAAUGUCACACAUCAACACGUCUUAUUGACUAAUAUCAUGGCCAUAGAGUCAGUGUUAUUGACUAUUAGCAAUUUAGCAUGGCUACAGAAGUAAAAACCAGUCAAUUAACAAUACUAAUGGAUUCACCAUUUAUCAUGAAAAGAAGGAAUCAUCUAAAAAUAGAUUUCAACAACUACACAAAUAUGUUUCUGUUCUUCAUUUUGAGCAUGCUAUGUUUUGAUUUUAUAGAUGUCAGUGUUGCCAUAGACACUAUUACAUCAACUCAGUUUAUCAAGGACCCUGAAACUCUAAGCUCCAAGAGUGGUAACUUCACUUUAGGCUUCUUCAGCCCUGAAAAUUCGACGAAUCGCUAUGUUGGAAUUUGGUGGCAGCCACAGUUCACAGUUGUAUCGGUGCUUAACAGAGACCAACCUCUCAAAGAUUCUUCUGGUGUUGUUAAAAUAUCUGAUGAUGGUAAUGAUCUUGUGGUACUCAAUGGAAAGAAAGAGGUGAUUUGGACAUCAGAUGUGCCAAAUAUCGCAACCAAUUCAAGUUCCAUACUUUUGGAUUCAGGCAACCUUGUUCUAGUUGAAGGCACAACAGGAAAAACUAUAUGGGAGAGUUUCGAACAUCCUUCAAAUGUAAUGUUACCAAACAUGAAACUUACAGGCAACAAAAUAACAGGUGAGAAAGUAAAACUCACAUCAUGGAAAACACCAUUUGAUCCAUCUAUUGGAAGCUUCACUUUAAGUGUUGAAAGACUUCUUAUACCUGAAGUUUUCAUUUGGAAUGAAACUCGGCCAUAUUGGCGCACCGGUCCUUGGAAUGGUAAGAUUUUUACAGGGGUUCCUAAUAUGAAAACUCAUUAUCUCAGUGGUAUACGUGUUAUAGAUGAUGGAGAAGGAAAUGUUUUGUUCUUUGAAAUAACGACGGAUACAGUUGGUCUCAUAAUCUAUAAUCUGACUUCAGAAGGAAAUUGUGAAGAGAAAUGGUGGGAUGAAAAGAAGAAAGAAUGGAAACAAACAUCGAAUAUUCAUGAAACAGAAUGUGAUAUUUAUGGUGUAUGUGGAACUUUUGCAAGCUGUAAUUCACAGAAUUCACCAAUAUGUAGCUGUUUGAAAGGGUUUGAGCCAAAGAACAAAGAGGAAUGGAAUAGACAGAAUUGGACUGGGUGUGUUAGGAGGACACCUCUGCAGCAGUGUGAAAGAGAAAGAAACCAAAACACAAGUGCUGACAAAAAAGCUGAUGGUUUUUUAAAACUGCAGAUGGUAAAAGUUCCUGAUUUUGCAGAUGGGUCAUCUCUAACACUUUCAUCAGAUACAUGCAGAAACCAGUGUUUGGAGAAUUGUUCUUGUGUUGCAUAUUCAUAUGAUGCUGACAUUGGUUGUAUGUCUUGGUCUGGAAAUCUAGUUGACAUACAACAAUUUUCAAAUGGCGGACUUUACUUAUAUAUUCGCGUAGCACACACGGAACUUGGUAAACAUUAUAAAGAGAGAAACAUUACGGUCAUCAUUAUUAUAACAGUGAUAGCCGGAACUGUCUUGGUUCUUGCUUGUGCAUAUAUCAUGUGGAGAAGGAUAUCUAACAAGCACGCAAGAAACCGAAGUGGAAGCGCAAUUGGAGAACUGUCACAAGUUAAACUCCAAGAACUAUUACUAUUAGAUUUAGGUAAGCUUGCAACUGCGACCAACAACUUUCACUCAUCCAACAAACUUGGGCAGGGUGGUUUUGGACCAGUAUACAAGGGGACAAUGCAUGAUGGUCAGGAAAUAGCGGUUAAAAGACUUUCUAAGUCAUCCGGACAAGGUCAGGCAGAAUUCAUGAAUGAAGUAGCGGUGAUUUCUAAACUUCAACACCGAAAUCUUGUAAGACUUCUUGGCUGCUGCGUUGAAGGAGAGGAAAAAAUGUUGAUAUAUGAGUACAUGCCAAACAAAAGUUUGGAUGUGUUUCUCUUUGAUACAUCAAAAAGUAAAAUUCUUGAUUGGAGUAAACGCUUUAGCAUAAUAGAAGGAAUAGCUCGAGGAUUGUUGUAUCUUCACAGAGAUUCCAGGCUAAAAAUUAUACAUAGAGAUUUGAAGCCAAGUAAUAUCUUACUAGAUAAUGAGCUUAAUCCAAAAAUAUCAGACUUUGGUAUGGCCAGAAUCUUUGGAGGUAAUGAAGAUCAAGAAAAUACUAGAAGAGUUGUCGGAACUUAUGGCUAUAUGUCUCCAGAAUACGCAAUGCAAGGACUGUUUUCCGAUAAAUCUGAUGUGUUUAGCUUUGGAGUUUUGCUUCUUGAGAUAAUAAGCGGACGACGAAAUUCAAAAUUUUAUGAUUGCGAGAAUUCUCUAACCCUUUUAGGAUUUGUGUGGAUACAAUGGACAGAAGACAAUAUUUUAUCUCUCAUAGAUCCAGAAAUAUAUGAUCCUAUCCAUUAUAAAUAUAUGUUUAGGUCCAUACACAUAGGACUUCUGUGUGUACAGGAAUUUUCCAUAGACAGACCAACUAUGGCUGCUGUAACUUCAAUGCUUAAUAGUGAGAUUUUAGAUCUUCCUCCUCCAAAGAAACCUGCAUUCAUACUGAGACAGAAUAUGCUAAGCUCAUUGUCGUCUGACGAGAACAAUGAUGGCUUGCAUUCUAUCAACUUAGUCAGUAUUUCAGACCUCCAGGGAAGAUAGACAACUAAGAACACUAUAUUAUUGUCUUUUGAGGAAAUUAAGAUUAUGUUAUUUCAUUA